AGCACUAGCAGAAGAAUGCACCCUGCCAGCCAGGAGUGCCUGAGAGGGCAUGCACCAACCACUGUGGACCCCUUGCCUUCUUGUUGCAAACAAGGAUCUCCUGAAGGGAUGCUGGAGCAGGAGUCUGCUGUGCAGGCUGAUGCUGCGACCAGCUUCCUGAGAGCUGCAAGAUCUGGGAAUCUGGACAAAGCCUUGGAUCACCUCAGGAAUGGGGUAGAUAUUAACACCUGUAACCAGAAUGGGCUGAACGCCUUGCACCUGGCCUCCAAGGAGGGCCAUGCAAAAAUGGUGGUGGAGCUGCUGCACAAGGAGAUUGUUUUGGAGACCACGACCAAGAAGGGAAACACAGCCCUGCACAUCGCUGCCUUAGCUGGACAGCAGGACGUGGUCCGGGAACUGGUGAACUAUGGGGCCAACGUCAAUGCUCAGUCACAGAAAGGCUUCACACCACUCUACAUGGCAGCACAGGAAAACCACCUGGAAGUUGUCAAGUUCCUGCUGGAAAAUGGAGCCAACCAGAAUGUAGCCACAGAGGAUGGCUUCACACCACUAGCUGUGGCUCUGCAGCAGGGUCAUGAGAAUGUGGUUGCUCACCUUAUCAACUAUGGGACAAAGGGUAAGGUCCGCCUGCCCGCCUUGCACAUUGCAGCUCGCAAUGAUGACACCCGCACAGCUGCCGUGCUGCUGCAGAAUGACCCCAAUGCUGACGUCCUCUCCAAGACUGGAUUUACGCCCUUGCACAUUGCAGCUCACUAUGAGAAUCUCAGUGUGGCCCAACUAUUGCUGAAUCGUGGAGCCAGCGUCAACUUCACACCCCAGAAUGGGAUCACUCCCCUACACAUAGCCUCCCGUCGAGGCAACAUCAUCAUGGUGCGGCUGCUGCUGGACCGUGGGGCCCAGAUAGAGACAAGGACCAAGGAUGAGUUGACACCUCUCCACUGUGCAGCUCGCAAUGGACAUGUGCGAAUUGCAGAGAUCCUGCUGGACCAUGGUGCUCCCAUUCAAGCCAAAACCAAGAACGGCCUGUCGCCAAUCCACAUGGCAGCACAGGGUGACCACCUGGACUGUGUGCGCCUGCUCCUGCAGUACAGUGCCGAGAUUGAUGACAUCACCCUGGACCACUUGACACCACUGCAUGUGGCCGCACACUGUGGCCACCACCGUGUGGCCAAGCUGCUGGUGGAGAAGGGAGCCAAGCCCAACUCUAGAGCCCUGAAUGGCUUCACGCCUCUCCACAUUGCCUGCAAGAAGAACCACAUUCGGGUGAUGGAGCUGCUUCUGAAGACAGGAGCCUCCAUUGAUGCUGUCACGGAGUCUGGCCUGACUCCCCUGCAUGUGGCUGCCUUCAUGGGGCACUUGCCUAUCGUCAAGACCCUGCUGCAGCGUGGAGCAUCUCCCAAUGUGUCCAACGUGAAAGUGGAGACUCCCCUGCACAUGGCAGCCAGAGCUGGGCACAUGGAUGUGGCCAAGUAUCUGCUGCAGAACAAAGCCAAAGUCAACGCCAAGGCCAAGGAUGACCAGACUCCUCUGCACUGUGCUGCACGCAUUGGCCACACCGGCAUGGUCCAACUCCUACUGGAGAACAACGCCAACCCCAACCUGGCCACCACAGCAGGGCACAUGCCUCUGCACAUCACUGCCAGAGAGGGGCAUGUAGACACAGCCCUGGCCCUGCUAGAGAAGGGAGCCUCUCAGACCUGCAUGACCAAGAAAGGAUUUACCCCUCUCCACGUUGCAGCCAAGUAUGGGAAGGUGGAUGUGGCAGAGCUGCUGCUGGUGCAUGAUGCUCACCCCAACGCAGCAGGGAAGAACGGCCUGACCCCACUGCACGUAGCUGUGCACCACAACAACCUGGAGAUCGUCAAGCUUCUGCUUCCCAAGGGGAGCUCUCCUCACAGCUCAGCCUGGAACGGAUACACCCCUCUGCACAUUGCUGCCAAGCAGAACCAGAUGGAGGUGGCCAGCAGCUUGCUGCAAUACGGUGCUUCUGCAAACGCGGAGUCUGUUCAGGGAGUCACCCCACUGCACCUGGCUUCUCAGGAGGGGCAUACGGACAUGGUAGCACUGCUUUUCUCCAAGAAAGCCAAUGGAAACUUAGGCAACAAGAGUGGCCUGACUCCCCUCCAUCUUGUGGCCCAAGAGGGACAUGUACCAGUUGCCGAUGUUUUGGUGAAACACGGAGUCACAGUGGAUGCAACAACGAGGAUGGGCUACACCUCACUGCAUGUAGCCAGCCACUAUGGGAACAUCAAGUUGGUGAAGUUUCUGCUGCAGCAUCAGGCUGAUGUCAAUGCCAAGACUAAGCUGGGCUACACGCCCCUACACCAGGCGGCACAGCAGGGCCACACGGACGUGGUGACCCUACUGCUGAAGCAUGGGGCCUCUCCCAACGAGAUCAGCACAAAUGGCACCACUCCCCUGGCCAUCGCGAAACGCCUCGGUUACAUUUCCGUCACAGAUGUGCUCAAGAUAGUCACAGAGGAGACCAACAUCCCACCAGUCAACGACAAGUACCGCAUGAGCUUCCCAGAGACUGUGGAUGAGAUUCUGGAUGUGUCGGAGGAUGAAGGCACUGCUCAUGUCACAGUAAUGGGUGGGGAUGGCUCGGCUCGUGCCCCCAGCGAGAGGUGUGUGGGUGAUCUUGGUGGCCUUGAGGAGGAGCUGAUCGCACCGAAACCCAGAACACCUGAACCCAGGGAGCAGGAGGGCAAGAGGGAGAUGCUGGAGUUUGUGACCGUGACAGCACUGGAGCAAACGGAGGAGUCUCCAGCUGUCCCACAGGUCCCCUGCAUGCCCCCUGAGACUGUGGUGACCAGAGCAGAGGAGCCUGAGCAGGUGGGACCUGUGGAGACUGAAGCUGAGCAAGGCAGUCUACUGCUUGCACCCUCAGUGUCCCCACAGGAGCCCUGCAAGGAGUUCGAUGAGGACUCCUUGAUUCCCAGCAGUCCGGCCACCGAGACCUCGGACAACAUCAGCCCGGUGGCCAGCCCCGUGCACACAGGGUUCCUGGUGAGCUUCAUGGUGGAUGCGCGUGGUGGCUCCAUGCGGGGCAGCCGGCACCACGGGCUGCGCGUGGUCAUCCCGCCCCGUGCCUGUGCUGCGCCCACCCGCAUCACUUGCCGCCUAGUGAAGCCUCAGAAGCUGCCUGCACCCCCACCACUGGCUGAGGAGGAGGGCCUGGCCAGCCGCAUCAUUGCACUGGGGCCCGCUGGCGCCCAGUUCCUCAGCCCCGUCAUAGUGGAGAUUCCCCACUUUGCCUCCUACGGACGUGGGGACCGUGAGCUGGUGGUGUUGCGCAGUGAGAAUGGCUCUGUCUGGAAGGAGCACCGCAACCGCUAUGAGGAGAGCUACAUGGACCAGCUGCUCAAUGGCAUGGAUGAGGAGCUGGAGAGCCAAGAGGAGCUGGAGAAGAAGAGGGUCUGCCGCAUCAUCACCACUGACUUUCCUCUCUACUUCGUGGUCAUGUCCCGGAUUUGCCAGGACUGUGACAUGAUUGGCCCUGAAGGAGGGUGCUUGAAAAGCACACUGGUGCCCAUGGUGCAGGCCACCUUCCCAGACACCGCUGUCACCAAGAAAGUGAGGCUGGCUCUGCAGGCGCAGCCUGUGCCUGAUGAGCUGGUGACCAAGCUGCUGGGGAACCAGGCGACCUUCAGCCCCAUCGUCACGGUGGAGCCACGCCGGAGGAAGUUCCACCGCCCCAUUGGCCUCCGCAUUCCUCUGCCCCCAUCCUGGAAGGACAAUCCCCGAGACAGUGGCGAGGGUGACACCACCAGCCUGCGCCUGCUCUGCUCUGUGAUAGGAGGGACAGCACAAGCUCAGUGGGAAGACAUCACAGGCACCACGAAGCUGGUAUAUGAAAAGGAGUGCGCUAACUUUACCACCAAUGUGUCUGCCAGGUUCUGGCUGGCUGACUGUCCACGCACUGCUGAGGCUGUGCACUUUGCCACCAUGCUGUACAAGGAACUGACGGCUGUGCCCUACAUGGCCAAAUUUGUGGUGUUUGCCAAGAUGAAUGAUGGACGGGAAGGCCGGCUGCGCUGCUACUGCAUGACUGAUGACAAAGUGGACAAGACUUUGGAGCAGCACGAGAACUUCACUGAGGUGGCCCGCAGCAGAGACAUUGAGGUGGUGGAGGGAAUGCCUCUGCAUGUCGAGCUCUCAGGGAACCUGGUGCCAGUCAAGAAGGCCACACAGUCGCGCACGUUCCUCUUCCAGUCCUUCCGGGAGAACCGCCUUGCCAUCCCCAUCAAGGUCCGGGACAGCAGUCGGGAAGCCAGUGGCUCCCUGUCCUUCUUGCGCAAGGCCAUGAAGUAUGAGGACUUGCAGCAUGUGCUCUGCCACCUCAACAUCAGCAUUCCACCCUGUACCAAGGGAAGCGGCACUGAGGAGCGGAGGAGGACACUGACACCUUUGUCUCUGCGGGAGCGAUACAGUGUCCUGAGUGAGAGCAGUUUCGGCUCUCUGGGCAGCACUGACAGGACAGACCAGAAGAUGAUUGACAUUGCAGAGCAGCUGGGCCUCAGCUGGGCAGAGCUGGCACGUGAGCUGCAGUUUGGGGUGGAUGACAUCAACAGGAUUCGUGUGGAGAACCCUAAUUCCUUGCUGGAGCAGAGCAUAGCGUUACUCAAUCUCUGGGUCAGCCGUGAGGGCAAGGGUGUCAAGAUCGAGAACCUGUACACGGCGCUGAGGAACAUUGACCGCAGCGAGAUCGUCAGCACGCUGGAGGGCUCCGGCCGGCAGAGCCGCAGCCUGAAGGGCAACUGGCGCUACACGGACAGAGACUGCUCGCUAUCGCCCUCCCAGAUGAAUGGUUACGCUUCGCUGCAGGAUGAGCUGCUCUCCCCUGCCUCCCUGCAUAUGCUGCCAUCCCCUCUGCGUGCUGACCAGUACACCGAGCAGGACGCCCUGAUGGAGAUGUCUGACAUGCAGGUGUGGUCCUCAGGGCUCACCCCUUCACUGGUGACGGCUGAGGACUCCUCUCUGGAGUGCAGCAAGGCUGAGGACUCGGAUGCCACAAGCGAAGGUCGUUUCCCAGGGCAACUUCUGACAGACGCACAUGGCCCAGACCACAUGGGCUCUAUGGACCUAGUUGAGGAUGACACAGUGGACUCAGAUGCCAUGAACGGGCUGAUUGAACUGCUAGAGCAGGAGGAGGGGCAGAGGCCAGAGGGGAAGAUGCUGGCCAGGGACCACCAGCUGGGGACUGGAGAGCAGAACCCAGAGAGUGAAGUCUCUUUUGUUUCAGUUCAACAGAAGGUACAAGCCAGGAGCAUGGCAUCGCCAACUGUGAGCCACACAGUGGAGAGGAGUGCAGACAGGCUGAGGGACUGGAAUGCAGAAGGCUCCUUUAUCUCCUGCCUACAGGACCUGACAGCGGGCUCCUGGCAGGAGGGGGUCACCCGACGACUGGGCCCAGCACACACCACGGCUGCUGGGGCACAGGGCCAGGAGCAAGAGCAGGUCCUGGCGCCGGAUGUGGAGCUGAUGCGGGUCAGCUCCACGGAGGACAGCGACUGGCAGCCCCAACACCCCAUGGGCGGCUGGCCAGAGGAGCCCGACAGCCACUGCUUUGGGCAGGGCAACGAAGUCCUCCACCUCCCUGGGGAGCAUGUGACGGAGGAGCAGUUCACAGAUGAACAAGGCAAUAUAAUCACCAAGAAGGUCAUCCGGAAGGUGGUGCGUCAUCUGGGCCCUGAUGACACAGAUGACAGGCAGGAGCAUGAGGACCUGAUCCUGGAAGGCUCCCUGCAGGAGCCCCAAGACCUGGAGGCAGAGGCUGAUCACUUCAUGUACUCCAUCCUGCAGCGGGACGGUCUGGGGGCCAAGGAGGAGGUGCAAGUGCGUGUCCCAAAACUGGAGGUCUCCAGGAGCAGGAUGGGGGCUCAGAUAGUGAAACGAGCCAGUCUGAAAAGGGGGAAGCAUUGACCCCCCUCAAAUGGCCUCUUUGGAGGAUCUCACCUCAACACCAAACCACUGAUCUCCACACCAACCUGAGAAGAGAGGAGAGGAAAAUAGAGAUUGGAAGGAAGCAGGGCUGGCUGUAUGUGUUUCUAUAGGCUAAUGGCAUGAUUUCUGUACGAGAUACUUACCGUCCUAUCCGCAUGACUGACUGACUGCAAGACGCAUGAGCUACAGUACUUCCAACAGACAGAGGGACCCUGUCCCUGCCUUGCUGCCACCAGGAGCCUGAAGACAGCAGCACGCACAAAGGGCAUCCUUUGGCUCCUCUGGGAAGCCAGAACUGGACUGGCAGCAAACGCGAGGGGAGGAGAAUCCACCUUCGCACAUCCGCCUGUGUCACUACGUCCCUGUGCCGUGCUCCAGCGGCAGGGGGGAGGCUGGGGCUGCUCACUGUAGGAGGAGAGGGGCUCUACCCCCGUCACCAUUCUGCCUCUGCUGGACUCGCUUCUCAUCCUUCUCAGUGAGUGCAGGGGCAGGGGGAGGGCAGCAGCUGAGGAUGUGAGGGAGGAGGGCUGUGGAUGCAACGCUGCCGUGGGCGCUUGGCUGGAUGCAGGGCUGCCCUUCCUCUCCCCAGCAUGUUCAGCGUCUCCCGCCAGGUCAGAGCUCUGGGCCGAGCACUGAGCUCGUUGCUUAUGUUGAAAGUGUAAACUGUACAGCAAUCAGCCUUGUGUAUAUGAACCAGUAAAUACUAUGCAAACACCUAGGGACACUCUAGCAGUAUGUACAAAGCACUAACAGCUCCACCCCCAAAUACCUCUUCAGGCUGCAGGAUGGGCAAAGCCUUUGGACUGUGUGAGCAGCUCUGGUGAAUGGAGCUGGGAGCCUACAGGCGUGAAAGGGCAGCGGAUUAUCUUGUCUUAUGCCCUUCCAUCUGAGCCUGGCCCCUUCUUGGCCUGAAGAGAGAGGUCCAUGGGGGCAGCCCCAUGGGGUGGUCCAUGGUGCAAGCCCCAGUUUGUGCUGGCUUCAGCUGGGGUGAGGCUGGCAGCCUGCACUGAGGUGCUUGGGGCCUAGGGAGGAUAGGUAGUGAGAAAGGGCAGGGAAUGUGCUUGUGCCACACACUGGGUUGUGCCUAGCUCUACUCAGCACAAUAUUUGCUCAGGAGAUGAGCCAGGAGCUGGCAGGAACCAGAGGCCCUGCACUGCUUUGCAAGGCCUCCUGGCCUCCCUGUGAGGGCACAAAUGAGCACAGACCCUUGACCCUGUGAAUGCUGGCCCACCCAGGACCAACCCCAGAAAUGAGGGGAGCUACUCCCCUGAGUGGCUGCACUUUGGCCAAGUGAAAGCCCUUCUGCAGCCACCGGGCUAAGCAGUCACCCUGAAAGCGAGGGCAGUGCUGGGGCAGCUGCUCUGGCAGGAGAAUCACGGUGGUCAGGGCUGCCCAGGCAGCACUGAGGUGUGCAGAAGGUUGAAUCUGCUACAAAACUUGACCCUAGAAGGACAGGAUGCAGACAGUGGUAAAUCCGUGUCCCUAGCUCUGUCCUUUACCUAACCAAUUUGGGGGCCUGGCCUUUGUAGCAGGGUGGUGUGGAGACUCCCUUGCCCUCUCCCUGGAGGUGGCUGUGGACUUGUUUAGCAGGGCCUGAUGCUCUUGGUAGCCAUGUGAAGAACAAGCCCACCUCCAGCUUCAGGCAGAGCAGCCCUGUGUCGCAGUGGGUGCACAUAUGCCAGGAAAGUCCCUGGCUCUGCUGCAGCCUGGGUAAGAAGCCCAGAUGCAGCUAAGCCACUGGCCCAGCUUAGCCAUGGAGAGCAAAGCAUCCCCUUUCUCACCCCAACUCAAAGUAGGCACAGACUCCAUCCAUCACCCUUGCUGUGUACAAUUACCUACCUAGACCCACUGCAACAGCUGACCCUGUAGCAUCACCGUAGAGUUGUUUGUGGGUCCUGUGCUUUGGCCUAGUAUACGCCUUAGGGAAUGUGCUGUGCUGCAGCUGUGCCCAGCACCUGCAGUGACAUUGCUUUGCGCUCAGAUUGCUCGUAGGGCUGGUAGGGGGAGGCUGCACCCAACACUGAGCCUAGAGAAUGCUGCAGUCUGCACACUAGAAGCUUUUUAGAAGUUUUAAAAAUUACUUUUAUUUCCUUUUUUUAAUUGUUAUGGAAACAAGCCUUUUGGAUCUCCCUGUCUUAGCCCCUGAUGUAUAGAUCAUAUCCCUGUACACCAGCUAUCAGACUAUGAAUUAAUAAAGAAACUAACACAGA